AUCGAUCUUCCUGACGACAAACAGCGUUGAUAUUUCCUCUUGCUAUACACUAUUCUGGCGAAGCGCUCUAUCAUGGCUAUCGCUUCUGCAGCCGCUCCCGGCGCUUGCCACCGAAUCUUCACGCUCCCGAGAAGCUCAGCUGCCGCUUCCAAGUUUCGCCCGGUACACCGCCGCACCUUGACCUUUACGCGCUCCUCACCCGCGAGCAUCGAAGCUCGCGGUAAGACCAUGUACGACAAGAUUUUGGAUGAUCAUAUGGUCGAUAAGCAAGAAGACGGAACGUGUCUCGUCUACAUAGAUCGUCACAUGGUCCACGAAGUUACCUCUCCUCAGGCAUUCGAGGGGCUCCGAAAUGCAGGACGAAUUGUCCGCCGCCCUGAUUGCACCUUGGUUACAGUCGAUCACAACGUCCCCACCUCGGAUCGCUCUGUGUUCGACACAGUAGAAAAUUUCAUUAAAGAAACAGAUUCCCGUCUGCAGGUGCUGGCACUGGAAGAGAACGUCGAAGAAUUCGGCCUGACAUACUUUGGACUUGACGAUAAGCGUCAGGGUGUGGUGCACAUCAUCGGCCCAGAGCAAGGGUUCACCCUUCCUGGUAGUACUGUAGUCUGUGGCGACUCACACACCGCUACUCAUGGAGCAUUUGGCGCGUUGGCGUUCGGUAUCGGUACUUCGGAGGUCGAGCAUGUCUUGGCCACGCAAACACUUCUGCAAAAGCCUUCCAAGAACAUGCGUAUCACUGUAGAUGGACCGUUCAAUCAAGGAGUCACCUCCAAAGAUUUUAUUUUGCAUGUCAUCGGCGUCAUCGGCACUGCUGGUGGCACUGGCUCAGUAAUCGAAUUCGCUGGCGACGCGAUAAAAAAUUUAUCGAUGGAGGCGCGCAUGUCAAUUUGCAACAUGGCUAUAGAAGCUGGUGCUCGCGCAGGCCUUAUCGCUCCUGAUGAUGUGACUUUCGAGUACUUGAAGGGUCGCCCGAUGGCUCCUCGUGGUGAGACAUGGGAUAAAGCUAUCAGCUAUUGGAAAACGAUUGCCUCAGAUAGCGACGCUGUGUAUGACUCUGAAAUAGUUGUCAAGGGCGCGGACGUGGAACCAACUGUGACUUGGGGGACUUCUCCGCAGGAUGUUGUGCCCAUAUCUGGUGUCGUUCCAGACCCUGCUGAAUCAUCAGAUCCUCAGCGCAAGGCAGCUAUGGAGCGUGCUCUUACUUACAUGGGUCUAAUCCCAGGGACAAAGAUGGAGGAGAUAGUGAUAGACAAGGUAUUCAUAGGCUCCUGUACGAAUGGCCGAAUCGAGGACCUCCGUGCUGUUGCUAGGAUAGCUCGUGGCAGGAAGGUUGCGGACAGCGUCUACGCUAUGGUAGUUCCCGGGUCAGGAAUCGUUAAAGAACAGGCCGAGGCCGAGGGCCUGCACACCAUUCUCAUCGAAGCUGGUUUUGACUGGCGCGAGCCUGGUUGCUCCAUGUGUUUGGCGAUGAACCCGGAUAAGCUUCUUCCCCAGGAGCGCUGUGCUUCCACAUCUAAUCGCAACUUCGAGGGACGACAAGGUAACGGCGGCCGAACCCACCUCGUUUCACCUGCGAUGGCGGCCGCAGCAGCUAUCACAGGCAAGCUAAGCGACGUGCGCAAGUUUGAUAUGUGCGCUGAGUUUCCCAUCACUGACUCGAGGAUAUACCUGGGUGAUGAAGUUGUCAUCGCGCCAGAGGCCAAAAAGGGCAAAGGAGGUCGAGUAUUUGAUAGUGAUGCCGUGCCCAAGUUCGUGACGCUCAAAGGCACGGCCGCUGUUCUUGACCUGCAGAACAUUGAUACAGACAUGAUAAUACCAAAACAGUUCCUGAAGACGAUCAAGCGCACCGGCCUUGGAGUGUCUGCGUUCUACGAGAUGCGGUACAACGAAGAUGGCAGUGAGCGCGAGGAUUUCGUGCUCAACAAAGCUGGAUUUCGGAAUGCCAAGAUUUUAAUAGCAGGUGACAACUUUGGAUGUGGUUCGUCCCGGGAGCAUGCCCCUUGGGCCAUAAAUGAUUUCGGUAUACGUUGCAUUAUAUCCACCUCUUUCGCUGACAUUUUUUUCAACAACUGCUUCAAGAAUGGCAUGCUUCCGAUCAAGCUACCUGAGCCCCAGAUUCGGAAACUCAUGGAAAAUGCCGGUGCAGGCAGCGAGCUUGAGGUAGACUUGCAAGCCCAGGUCAUUCGCUCCCCGGACGGAAGUGAGGUGACAUUUGACGUUGACGAAUUCCGUAAACACUGUCUUUUGAAUGGCCUUGAUGAUAUUGGCCUUACGAUGCAGAAAAGUGACAAAAUUACUGGUUUUGAGAAGUCCCGCAGCACCCAAUACCCUUGGCUUGACGGUGCUGGGUACGACCAGCGUGAACCUGCCUCCACUUUCUGACCGUUCAUAGUCUAAGAAUUGUUAAGUCUAAAGCUGCCUUGCUGCUAGUUCUGAUGUACAUCACAAAAACUUGACUCAUUUAUCGCUAUCACAUGCGAUGAUACAUAUUUAGUCAGUAAGUAAGCAACAUCCUAUGUUUCCACAUCACGGUUUAUUGAAGCCAGGGGCAUACUGUGGAGAGUUAUGCUGGAUUUCAAACUGAAUCACCUGUCAACACCGUCUUCCAUGCUUUCAGUAAAGCUUUAGCAAGCAAACCGACAUUAGUACCCGAACCCUGCUUCAAUACUCUCUUCAACUCCUUACCUACCUGUGUUUGGACUAAAAGCUCUGCCGUGACAGGCGUAUCUUUGAGCACAUUCAGGGCAUCCAUAGCGCGAGAGGCAGUAUUUUCGAGACCAGCUGAAACUGCCGCUCGGACCAAACGUGUCAGCUCCUCUGCGGGGCAUACACUUGUGCAUUUAGCCUGUGACAGUUCACCAGUGCCGGCAAGAGCUGCUGUUCCAACCGAAGCACGUGCGAAGUCAAUGUUAAAGCAGCCUGGAUUCUGCGCAGCAGGAUCGUUAUCACCAGCUUUCACUGCAGCCACGAGGUCGCAUACGCGAGAAAUAUAGUCUUUGACCUUGAACUUUUUCUCGCAACCACCGUAUGACAUAUAUCUUAUCUUGCCAAAUAUUGGCCGUUCUCUCCAGCCUUGAUCAUGUACCCCGACAAUGGACCACAUGCAACCAACAUACCCAGAAGGGUCUCUCCCAUCCAGCUGGUAUUUGUCGUUAAGAAAUAUGGCAAAUUCAAGAGCCUGUUCUGGGCUCUCGGUCCACUCC